AUGAUCGACGAAUGCAUCGAGGACGAGAAGCAAAUGACCGAAGAAUGGAUUGAGCAGGAGAUAGAAAUGACCGAAGAAUGGAUUGAGCAGGAGAUAGAAAUGACCGACGAAUGCAUUGAGGACGAGGAGAAAAUGACCGACGAAUGCAUCGAGGACGAGGAGCAAAUGACCGAAGAAUGGAUUGAGCAGGAGAUAGAAAUGACCGAAGAAUGGAUUGAGCAGGAGAUAGAAAUGACCGACGAAUGCAUUGAGGACGAGGAGAAAAUGACCGACGAAUGCAUUGAGGACGAGAAGCAAAUGACCGAAGAAUGGAUUGAGCAGGAGAUAGAAAUGACCGAAGAAUGGAUUGAGCAGGAGAUAGAAAUGACCGACGAAUGCAUUGAGGACGAGGAGAAAAUGACCGACGAAUGCAUUGAGGCAAGGAGUAAAGCCGACGAAUGGAUUGAAAAGUAGAUGGAAAUGAUGGACUAAUGGAUUGCAGAAGAGUUGCAAUUAACCCACCAAUGGAUUGAGGAGAAGAAGGAAAUGGCCCACCAAUGGAUUGAGGACGAGGAGCAAAUGACCGACGAAUGAAUCGAACAGUAGAUGGGAAUGAUCGACUAAUGGAUUACGGAGGAGAAGGAAAUGACCCACCAAUGGAUUGAGGAGGAGAUUGAAAUGACCCACCAAUGGAUUGAGGAGAUGGAAAUGAUCUACAAAUAGAUUGAGGACGAGGAGCAAAUGACCGACGAAUGGAUUGAAGAGUAAGUGGAAAAGACCGACGAAUGUAUUGAAUUGGAGCAAGAAAUUACCACCGAAUUUUUGAGAAGAAGCAGAAAAUGACCAUAAGAUCGACGUUUCAAACGGUUAUUCAAAACAUUUUGGACGAGUCGAUCGCGAAUUUUGUAUUAACAGCUGCAGCGACGUGACCGGCGUUGUCUUUCGAGGCGGGAAAAAAUCGACGGCAUUGAUCAGCACACUUGGAACGUGGCUGCGGCAAAAACGUCAGCCGGGACGAAGGGCAUCAGAAUGGAGCCUACGAGCAGGCGGCCACAGCGAACAGAAUUUUCGCAUUGUCUGCGUCCCAAAUGUCUCCUUUUAUCGGGGCGCAAAAAACGGUUAGGGCUACCAACAAUUCCAGCUACUUUUUCCUGCAUCUUUGGAUCAAAAAUGUAGAUAUCUCAAGUAAAUUUUUGAAAAUAUAUAUAGGAUGGAGCGAGAGUGAAUUAGAACUACACUGUCGAGGAUAGGGGCCUCGAACAGAAGCGUUUUUGGCAAAACACUAGAGACCCAUAACAUCAGGUUUUUCAUGGCAAACCGAAAACCGCAAAAUGUCACGUGACCACGGUCUUGCGGUCGCGUUUGCAGUUUGCAGUUCACGUUUGAACGGCAGGAAGGGCUUCCAGCAUUAAGUGACUUUUGGCAAGGUUUUUUGCCACUACAAAUUGUACAGCCUCGCGUUUAAAGGCACAAAAUAGCUUUUUUGCAUCCGUCUGCGAUGUGUUUGUUGGAUUUUUGAACUCGAAUCAAUUCAUUAUUCCUGUUUUUUGGGCGAUAAAAGUGAUGCACUUCGACUUGAUGAAAAACAACAUGGCGGCACUAAACAAUGAUCGCGUAGUUAAAAAUCGAUUUUAUAUUCCUUUCUGCCAUACUAACAUAGGAAAGUUUUAUGUUCCAAUCAAGAGUUAAAACUUUUUUCUACCUUGUUACUGAAUUCAUAACUUAGCUCAGUCUCUGUUUAGUUCCUAUUUUGAACGUAUCACUCUGCGAAUUUCAUUUUACUUAUUUCUUUGUGACUGGGGAGCCCAGGCUUCAUAAGCUUUCUGGUUUCUUCUGGGCUCCCUUACGUAUUCCUAUAUGUAUUCUUGUAUUGUAUUGCUUUAUUUUGGCUAAAUAAAAAUGGACUGAACUGAACGGAACUGAACGCCUUGCUAAAAUUUGAAAACCCGGCAACGUGAAACGUCAAACGCGUAACGGCAAACUGCAGUUUGCGGUUUGCGCUUUCCCAUGAAAAUCUUGAUACUAAAGGUCUCUACAUUGUACAAGAAAACUUCUGCGAAAGUAACUUUGUAGCCGACAUUUUGAAUGUGGACUACUUGAAAGGUCAUCAAGGGAGAACAAACCUCACUGUUCGUGGACGACUUUUACUUAUAAUCAGUCGGCAAAUUCACAUACACAUCACUUUUCAUUUCGACUACUUGUCAAAUUGCUUCUUCUCAGUGCCUGUAAGCUUCUCAAACCCGAAAAUAUCACGCGUCGUCUAGUGAAUUCUCCCCAUCUUCCGCUAUUUUUGUUUUCUCGCGAAAUCCCCACGUUGUAAACAGGGCGAUGAUUCAUUUACUAUUAUUACAUUACACAGCGCACGUCCCUAUGUUGAUUUACUGCAUCUGCAUUUUCUUAAUACAUGAUAUAGUCUUUGUGCCACAAAGGCGGCUUUUUUAGUCUUUUUGAACGUCGUGGUUGAAUGCCUUGUUCGGGAGUCACACCUGUGUUUUUACCACUUUCCAGUUGGGUUAACGCAUUUACGCACGGUACGUUCGUGCGUACCUGUAAAAAAAAGAGGGUAAAAAAAUAAUAAUAAAAUAAGAAGAUACAAGGGUGAAUGAUAUCUUGGCUGGGCCGCUGCAGACUUCUGCGAAUUCCACUCUCACCUCCACUACCUUUUCCUUCUUUUUGUAAUCCAUAAACGACAGAAUUGGAACUAUUCCACUUUCUUCCUUUUUAUGUAGCCAAGAUAGACGGCUCACCUGAUCUUUCCCGCACUGAUUACAGCGGAGAAAUAACGAUUACAAUGUUCUUCCCACAUACAUACAGAACAUACUGAGGUGCGUGUCUCCGGCUAAGGACUUCUGUUUAAAUGCCGGACAUUUUUCCUUUGCGUAUUUUGUUCCACAUCUGUCAGAGAUCACGCGAUUCUUCCCGUUUUUGAUUCUUAUUACAUCUGUUGUUUUCACCACUUUCCUGUUUUAACGCAUUUAGUAAUUACGUUCGAGUUUCCAGUUUUAAUAACGAAUCUCCGAACAUUAUAAGAGAAUCAAUGAAUUAUUGUUGUAAGUCCGUAUGUUGAUUUUCUGUCAGGUCCGAUAUUAAAAUGUCACAGAUCGAAUAUCGUAAUAACAGAUGAAUGGAUUGAGUACGAGGAGGAAAUGAAGCACGAAUGCAUUGAGGAAGAGGAGCAAAGACCGGCAUUAAGGACAAGGAGCAAAUGACCGAAGAAUGGAUUGAGGAGGAGAUGGAAACGACCUACAAAUGGAUUGAGGAGGGGAUGGAAAUGACCCAGGAACAAAUGGAAGUGAAAGACGAAUGCAUUGAGGACGUGGAGCAAAUGAAUGACGAAUGCAUUGAGGACAAGGAGCAAACGACGGACGAAUGCAUUGAGGACGUGGAACAUAUGACCGAAGAAGGCGUUGAGAACGAGGGGCAAAUGAUCGACGAAUACAUUGAGGACGAGGAGCAAAUGGCCGAAGAAUAG